GUACACGCGUCAUAAACAGCUGGUAGUAGGGGCCAUUUAACUGCGUAAGGGGUCACUGUAUAUGGUCUAACGUUAUUUUAAGCUAGUGAGUGAGGUUUUUGUGUUCGUUUUUGAGGUGUGUGUGGGGAGCAGCCCGUGCUUGAGGGGAGGCUGACGUGUCACUAUAGCAUUCCCUUGAGAGGAGCACCUGUGACCAGCCCAGAUUUUAUUGUUCCAAGCCCAAUACUUCCUCUGUACUGGCCUCCACAGGUACAAGCACGCACACCUGUUACAGUCUACAGGAUGAAGUGGUGGCCGAAGGUGGUGGUGGUGGUGGUGGUUGGCCUGGUGCUCUCGGAGGCCCUGCCUGUCAAGGAGAAGAAACCCACAGCUGAGGAGGAGAAGCAUGCUGCAGAGGCACACGAGGGGGAAGGUUCAGAUGACUGGGAGCUUAACUUGGAGUAUGGCCGGUACCUGAAGGAGGUGGUGCAGGCGCUUGAGAGUGACCAGGCCUUCAGGAAGAAAUUGGAGACGGCAGAAGUGGAUGAUAUUAAAUCUGGGAAAAUUGCGCGGGAGCUUCACUUUGUUGACCACAAUGUCCGAACAAAGUUGGAUGAGCUGAAGCGGAGGGAGCUGGAGCGGCUCCGUCACCUGGCCAUCAAGGAGCACGAGAAGGAGACGGGAGUGGACCGCAAGCUCCUUAAAGUCCCGGUGCACAUCGACCACCGCAACCCUACGCGCUUUGAAGUGGAGGACCUCAAGAAACUGAUUAUCAAGACCACUGAGGACCUGAAUAAGGUGGACCAGGAGAGAAAGACAGAAUUUAAGAAUUAUGAGCUAGAGAAGGAGUACAUGAGACAGCAGGAGCUGCAACAUAUGGACGAGAUGCACCGCAAAGAGGCUGAGGAGAAGCACGAGCAGGAGGUGAAGCAACACAAGCAGCAUGACAAGCUUCACCACCCUGGCUCCAAGCAGCAGCUGGAGGAGGUUUGGGAAGAGCAAGACCACAUGCAGCCAGAAGACUUUGACCCCAAAACCUUCUUCCACCUUCAUGACCUGGAUGGUAAUGGGUAUUGGGAUCAGAUGGAGGUCAAGGCUCUCUUCAAAAAGGAACUGGACAAGAUGUAUGAUCCCAAUGCUCCCGAGGAUGACCUGACAGAGCGCUAUGAGGAGAUGGAGCGCAUGAGGGAGCAUGUCUUCCGGGAGUCAGACAGCAACAAGGAUAAUCUCAUCAGCUUCAAGGAAUUUGUGGACCAGACCAAGCGUGCAGACUUUGAGCAGGACAGCGGGUGGCAAGGCCUGGAUGAGCAGGAGCUCUACUCACAGCAGGAGUAUGAGGAGUACGAGCGUCAGCGUCAGCAUGAGAUUCAGAGGAUGAUUGAUGCAGGAGACAUCCCUCCCCCUCCCGGUUACCAUGGAGCACCACCCAUUCAGGCAGCCGUAUACCAGGGGGGCCCCCACCCAGGCCUAGCCCACCCUAACACUGUACCCCAGGGUUACCAAGCUGUACCCCAGGGCCAUCAAGCAGUGCCUCAAGGAUAUCAGGCAGCGCCUCAAGGAUACCAGGCAGUGCCUCAAGGAUAUCAGGCUGUGCCUCAAGGAUACCAGGCUGUGCCUCAGGGCCAUCAGGGUGUGCCUCAAGGAUACCAGGCUGUGCCUCAAGGAUAUCAGGCAGUGCCCCAAGGAUAUCAGGCAGUGCCCCAAGGAUAUCAGGCAGUGCCUCAGGGCCACCAGGCAAUGCCACAAGGCCAACAGGCAGUGCCUCAGGGCCACCAGGCAGUACCACAGCAGAACCAGAUCCAUCCAGACCAGCCUGCCCACCCAGCCCAGCUAGCCCAGCCUGCCCAGCUAGCCCAGCCUGCCCAGCAAGGAUACAUCCCAGCUGGUCAGGCAGGCCAGGGACAGGCUCAAGCUAAUCAAGCUCAUCCUGCACAAGUUCAAGCAGGACAACAUGUAGUCCAGGCUCAGCAAGGUCAGCCAAUCCAGGUUCAGGCACCCCAGGCAGCAAAUAUUCAACAAGGUCAACCAGUCCCUGUGGGUCAGGGUCAGCCCGCCCAAGUCCAAGGAUUUCAAAACCAUAAUCCUGAAGUGAAAGUACCUGUGGCAGGGCAGGAUGCUCAGGCUCCCCACCCUGCAGCAGGACAGGUAGGAGGAGCCCAGCCUCAGCCUCCUGUAGGCCAGGCUGGGGCAGUUCAUCAUUAAGGUCAUACUUGCUCUCUGCAUGACCCACAAGAUCUCCUUUCAAAUCAUCAUGACCGAGUUCAAGUUUACUCAACUUAUUUUAUACUUUUACCAGAUGCAAGUUUUUAAUGGGCUGCAGUAUUUCAGUAUUCUUAAGAUGUCUUCCUUUCUUUUCAUCUUCACCUCAUCAGACACGAUGAAUCUUGGGUCACGAAUCUGACAGAACUUUGUAACUAUUACAGUUAAAUGUUCUAAUAUUUCCGGGACUCAAAAGAAACUUUAAACAUUUGAUAAGUCAUUAUUUGUAACUUAGUCAUGUAAAAUUCAUUCUCCAAAAAAAUUAAAUUGGGCAGAGUGUACUAUAGCUCUGAACUGUCUCUUCCUUUCAUUCAGGAGUGCUGGGUUUGUGACACCAAACUUGAGGAUCUAAAUAACACUGCUGAAACCAAGGCCAAGCAUAAUACAAAAUUAGUUCUGUUUUACAGGUCAGACCUUCUCAGUAAUACUUUACUUCAUUAGGACAAAGUCUUUUGGUGUAUAAAGUGAUGUAAUAUGUUGCAUACAUGUGAAAUUUAAAUCAAUUAAAAAAACCCCAUUAACCCACCAUACUACUCAUCUCAUUAAAAUGUCAGUUGUAUCAUUGUCUUUUAGAAUUUAGCAGUGAUGAGAAACUUUCUAUUUCAUGUGAUUUAUAUAAUAGAUUAGAUUAAAAGUUUCCUGCUUAAAUAAGGUAGUGGUAACCAACCUUGGGGAGCAGCACAAAGUUAUCUUACAAAUUAUUGGUAGUUUGAGGGUGUGAUUAAGUGUGGGUUUAUGAAUGAUGUCUUACUUAUCUGGUAUGAAUUUAUUGGAUUUUUAAAAUACUGUACUCUGUAUAUUUUUAAACUGUGAAAAUGUCUCAAAUGAUGUCGUUAUUUUUUUCUUUUAUCACUUUGUUUAUUGUAUAUUGGUCAUUUUUACUUCUAUAUUGAGAUUUUUAAGCAGUAAAACUGCAAUUCUAUGUUAAUUGAUACGCUGUGAAUAUUUUUAUAUUUUUUUAUACAGCUAACAUCACUUAAGAACUUUUAGUGACAUGUAUGAUAUUUUAUGCAUCAAGAUAAUGCUGUGUUGAACAAUACUGUGGGAAUACUGCAGCACAAUGGCUCAGAUGUUUGUGGUGUGUUGUGACAGAAGAUUGCCGAGUUUGUUGACUGCCGUGGCACAAAGGUUUUGAUGGUAAAUAUUAUUGUAUAUGCUAUCAAAAUUGUGGUUGAUAUAAAUAUUCAUCAAUUUGUGAGAUCUAAUUAUGCAAUUACAUUAUGACUUAGAUUGCCACUGACCUGUGAACCAUUGUUUGUCAGUAAUUGGUCUGCUGUAGAUAAGCAGAAAAAAUACACACACAUAAUGUGAAAAAUAUUUUAGGAGCAGAGUACCUUAUACAGUUUUAGUCAUGGUUAAGAAAUUUGUAAUGAAAAUAUAAUCAUGAUUUACAUAUAUUAGCCUGUUAAGAAUUUCUGAAUCUUUAAAUUAGUCAUAUUCUUGUUGGGCUUUUGGGUAACUAUGCCAAAGAUUAUGAAACAAAAAGCCUAACAUUACUUACUGUAUGAAAUUUGUUACUCAGUGUUCAAAACAUUUGUUGUUCUUUGAGUAUAUUAUUGAAAAAUGUGCCACUUAUAUGGACUGAUAGAUUGGGUUGUGACUUGUAAAUGUGUUGUGUUCUCAGCAAGUGUCAAUGGAAUGCUGCAGUUAUAAAUACACUCGCUAAGAAAACAAAAAUAGCAAACACCUUGAUAUAUUGUAGAAAAGAAAAUUCAUUAUUUGAUCCAACGAAUCAAAGGAGCAAACACAAUGUAUAUCAUGUUAUUAAACUACUAUAACCCUUUUUCUUUUUAUCAAAUACAUGAAGUUUAUUUUUUUAUUUAGAUUAAGCAAGAACUUAUCUGUAAACUAAAGCUUUCCUAGCAGCAUAUAAAUGUUUUAACAUGGA